AUGUCCACCAGCUGUCGGCGAGAUCCGCCCGCGUCUCCGAUCGUAACCCCUGAUCCCGUGCCGAGCUCCUCGCCGCAGCCAGCGGCCUGUGAAAUAGGCUCCACUUCACGGCGCGGAGACGCGCGGCACAUCCAUCUGGCCUCCGAGGGAUCGGCGCGCUUCACGCUCGCCGCGGUACAACAUCUGGCCCGACGCGAGCGCGUUCGCGCCGUUCCGCUCCGGACGCUUCCUGAGGCUCUACGCCGGGUUGUCAGAGAUCGUGUGCCGACGGGAAACUUCCAGGAGCGGCUCUGGGACGUGAUUGAGCGUUUACACACUCGGCGUUUGAGCUCAGCGACUCCCACCGCCUUUACUCUCAGUGUUGAGCCUCAGAGGAAACGGAUUCAUGCUGCUGGUCGUUGGAUGCUUCAAGUUAACGAUGUAAAUGAGUUUAAACAUCAGAUCACCUUCGCACAACCAGUGGUGUUUAUCUCCGUCUGUCUCUCUGUCAGGUGUUAUGUGGACGAUAAGGUGUCUAAGGUGGCCUGGUUGAACCGCUCGAACAUCAUCUUCGCGGGCGAGGACAAGUGGUCCCUGGACCCGCGGGUGGAGCUGGUGACUCAGGGUCAGCUGGAGUACAGUCUGAGGAUACAGAAGGUGGACGUGUUCGACGAGGGGCCGUACACCUGCUCCAUCCAGACCAAACAGCAGUCCAAGACGUCACAGGUCUAUCUCAUCGUUCAAGUUCCUCCCAUCAUCUAUAAAGUUUCGGAAGACAUCACUGUGAACGAGGGCAGUAACGUGACAUUGACGUGUUUGGCCAAUGGGAGGCCAGAUCCCUCCAUCACCUGGAGACUGCUCAACCCGUCAGCCGAGGCUCUGGACGUGGGCGAGUAUCUGGAGAUCUCUGGGAUCGUUCGCUCUCAGGCCGGACGUUACGAGUGUAAAGCGAGCAAUGACGUCUCCACUCCUGAUGUCAAAUACGUCAACGUGGUGGUGAACUACCCGCCGUACAUUAAGGAGGUGCGGAGCUCCGAGACGCCGGUGGGUCAGGCUGGAGUCCUGCACUGUGAAGCUUCUGCAGUUCCUCAGCCUGAGUUUGAGUGGUACAGAGACGAGCGCCGACUGUCCAGCUCUCAGAGCGUCAACAUUCAGAUCAGCGGCUCGCGUACGCUGCUGGUGGUGGCAAACGUCACGGAGGACGAUUAUGGAAACUACACGUGUGUGGCUACCAACAGACUGGGAAUCCACAACGCCAGCGUGUUCCUCUACAAACCUGGCACGGGGCGGGACAUCAACGCCUCGGGCUGCGCGUGUCAAUCAUUCUGGCUCCUCCUCCUGUCCGUUCUCUCGGCUCUUCUGAAGUGUUAAUGUUCAGCUCUGAACGCUGAUCAUCUGAUCGUCUCAGACUGUUUCCAUCCGUCCAUCCACGCUCACCGUUACGCCCCGGCAGGACGACCGUCUUAUUAUCAGGAAAAAAAUAUGACAUGGAGAAAAGAAAGAAGGUGCUCUUUUUAAGACAAGAAUAUUGUCAUUUAACCGGUUUCAAGCACUGACUUCCAGUGACGCCUGUCUGUCUGUCUGUCUGUCUGUCCGUCCGUCCGUCCGUUCGUCUGUCUGACAGUUCGAGUGCAUGUAUGUGAUUUGCCGCAGAAACCCGGAGCGAAAUCACCUAGAGAAAUGGUUCAUUUCAUUGUGUUUUCCCAUAAUGCUCCGCAGCCUGUUCCGAAAUCUGCCUAAUGUAAACUAAUGAAAGAGCGCUAGAAUCAAUCACGUAGGGUCGUUCAGAACCGAUGACUAGCAGAAGGGACUGAAACACAGUAUUUUCUGCUGGUGGUGCGUCGUUCGCGAAGAUUCUCUGAGAUCAGAACAAUCACGGGACGUUUGAGACGCUCGCGUCCGUCGGCGUUUGCGACGAUCGGUCGGAGAAUCUUUUCACAGAGGCAGAACACACCCCGCCCCCACACCCGUAGCUCCGCCCACACGCACUAAACCCCUCCCACAUCAAGCGGAUCUGCGGGUGUGAUCUCCUGUGAAAACCCGAGUCAUCAGAGAACUCUCUCUCUCUCUCUCUCGUGAAAAACGAUUGUUCUGGUGGGAAACCUGUAGAAUUCCGUGGAAUGAUUUUUACCGUGUGUGUGAGAUUCGCCCAAAAACACACGUGACCUUCAUGUCCCGAACCUCGUCUUCUGCGUGUCUGUGAAAUCGUAUGAACUCUGAAUUGUACGACACCAAUGAAUGCUUCGCUUCGAUUCGCCGCUCAUCCCGUCGCGUCGUUCGUCUGUAAAUAUUCUUUUGAAUCGAAUGUCCUCAACGUGGAAACGAAACGAAUCUUCAGUUCAGGUUUCUUCGUAUGUAGUUCAUUAUCUGCGGUGGCGCUUUGAUGCUUCCUGUAACGAACUGAAAUUAGAUACUAAACGUAAAGAUUUUUAAUACAAAUAUUUAAAUAUCGCGUUCUAAAACUAGAUUUACCUUUGAAGCGGCUGCACUACUCUUCUUAUUUAUAGAGACUGAUCAUUUCUGUUCGUUAGUUAUUAUAAUAGUAGUUGUACAGAAAUGAGCUGAAUUCACUGACUGCCAAACGAUUCUAGAAAACGAUAUAAAACAAGCCAUUUUAGAGAUGAUUUACAAACACACCGAGUCCACACACACACACGGUAGUUUGCUUUGUCGUCGAAUUCGUGACGCGUCCGUCCCAGAUUUAUUUAUUUCCAAGUUCUCCGAGAGCAGGUUGUGUGUACGCAUUCAUUACAUUAUUAAAGACGUUUUAUGAAGUAUUAUGAAUCCCUCCUGGGCUUACAGCAGUGAGCUCUUCAGCCCUUUGAUUGACAGCUCUCUCAGCCAAUAAGCUUUUAGCGUGUGAGCUCUGAUGCCUUGAUUGGACGAACCCGCGCGUGGCUCGUGCGUCAGUGAUCGCGGGCUCGGCGUCUGGAUUUUAAGGGCUAGUCGUGCGUCUCCUGUAGUCUCUCGCUCGUGCCCUGAACGCCAGUGUUUGGGUUUGAUCCGAUCCAAAGUCAAGCGUCCUGAAGUCCGGAUCAGGACGGUGUGUUUUCUAUCUGAACGCCUCUGUACAGCUUCACUGCAGCGCGCGUUUAACACUUACACUCAGUGAGGAUCAGCUGACUUUAAUUUCACCAUGUUUAGUGUGUGUGUGUGUGUGUGUGUGUGUGUUUUUACUCCUGUAACAUGACAAGAAAACUGGACGGUGUUUUUGUCGAUCCUCUUUUGCUACGGGACGCAGGAGUCUCCAGUAAGAGAUUUUCCGGGUCGUUCGACUGACAUCUUCAUGAAAAGCAAUGAACAUUUUCUAACUGUGUUUAUUUACUCUAAAAUUACCGCAGUCAUUUUUUAAACCCUUCUGCUCUGUAAAGAACUCAUGAAGUGUUUAAAAUGGAAAUAAAGUCAUUUGUUGUAUUUGAGAGUGGGUUUAAGAAAAAAAAAAAGAGAUUGUACUUUUUGGUGAGAAAAUGAGGCUUAUGAACUCCGUUAAUCAUGUAACAUGCAAAUAAAGGAAUAUAAAGAUUGUUAGAUCUCCCUUUAAA